UUUUCUCGAAAUUUUCUUGUUCUUAUUUGUCUCCUUUUCUUUCUAACGCAGACCACACAUCCCCGUACUGUCCUUUCCUUCUAGUUUACACUAUUUUACAAGUGUAGUAUGUCAACAUGUUUCAUUCUGAGAUAUCUGGUAUGAUGCAUGCGUUUGGUGACAUUAAGCAGUCUAAUGUAGAGUCAGUUCAACUCGUUGAGGAAAUAAUAUAUCAAGAAAUAACUGAACUGAUCAGUGAUUCUGUGAAGAUGGUGUCUAGGAAGAAUGGAAAGAGUGUCCUCUUGUCAGACAUAUUGUUUAUAAUGAGGAGAGACAAGCAAAAGCUCCAAGCAGCUGUCAAUUAUUUGAAAAAGAGGAAAGCUUUUUCACAGAUCAGCAACUUACCAGAUGAAGAAGACCUUGAGGAUGAGACACAAGAACCCAAUGCUAAAGCUGUUUCUUCUUAUAGGGCACUGAGAGCCUCCCUUGACUUCCUAACAGAAAAGGAACAAGAUGAAUUAUUGCAAUACAAAGAUUAUGACAUUGAACAUCAGCAGAAGUUGGAUGAACACACCAAGUCGAUGAGCUUGUCCCAGUAUAAUGACUUUACUCAGUCAAGGAGAGCAUCAUUUGUUAACAAGAAAAAGUUCAAAGAUUGGUUGUGUCUCCAGUCAUUGGUUGCUGAUGUUAAAGUUCAUGAGAUUGUCAUUGAGUUAUUAGCUUACAUAGCCUACAGAGCAGUGCAAAGUUUAGUUGAGAUGUCACUGAUUGUCAAGCAAGAACAAAAAUCUUACAUUGUUGAUCCUACCGGUAGCACUGCCCCUUCAACCACUCCCAUUUCACUACCUCAAGAAGUAAUAUCGUAUGAAAAUACACCGUCAUUCCUGACCCCACCCACUGGUGAAGCCACACCCCCAGGAUCACCUAAAAACUCACCAGGGACAAUGACGUCGCCCACUCACAUAAUUACAAAAUCAAGAUCAAGGAAGAGAAGUAGACAAUCAAAGUCAUCAGUUACUGAACCUCCUCUCCAAACUCCGCCCCCAGUUGCCCCGCCUCUCACUGUCCCGCCCACUGCCAUACAACCGGAACAUGUACAUGAAGCCAUACGAAGAUACAUGUGCAGUAUGACUGGACCACACCUACCUUUUACCAGUCAUUUUAUGAAGCAAAAGUUUAGAAACCGCUCUGUUUAAUAUUAUUAUUAUUAUUAUUAUCAUCAUCUAUUAUAACAUUUGUCUGUGAUAAAAAGUAGUUGUUAUUUAUUCCAACAAUUUCAGUCAAUACAAACAGCUAG